GUGUCUAAUCGGCACGCGGUGGUUAUCAUCCCGGGAACUGAGCUCCGGUCCCCAGGAAUCACUAUCUAGAUGGUCUUGUGAUGUACCUGGUCUAUUUGAGUCUACAUCUAAUAAUAUAACUUGCCCUCUUUGCUGUGGAAAGGAGGAGAUUGUGUUAUUGUUGUUCCGUGUAGAAAAACAUGGAACCGGACGUUGGAACGGAAGAAAAGGACAGAGACGAAGAAGACCAGGGAUGCCAGGCGAGGAGACACUGCGGCGAACAGCUUGGCUGGUACAAGGCUUUUUACAUGUUUUUCAUCGGCGCAUUCUGGAUGAAGAUCGUCUACCUGCCCCUGUACUUCAAGCAGAUAGGUCUACCGGCCGACUAUGUAGGGGUACUGGCGGGGAUCUCGCCAUUCCUGAGGGGGGCAGGGUCCUUCUUCCUUGGUUUGCUAGCCGAGAAACCGGAGACUAGAAAGGUGGUACUACUCCUAAGCCUGGUCGCUCAGACGCUGACGCCUCUCCUGUGCUUGAUCCCUCGACCCGAGCACGCCAUGCCCGCCCUCCUUCCCGAGAGCCCUUUCGACUUCAACUCGAGCUGGUUCGUUGAGUGGCGCGAUGUUUUCCCCGUACGAGACCAGAGCAUGCUUGAGAUGGACACUAGCGAAUUUGAGGAUUGUAGUCCGAAUACCCUUGGCUGUCUCGAAGACGAUAUCCUCAACGAAGCAGUCCCAUACAACGCAAGCGGUUUCAUCCCCUACAACUACACCCUAGCGGCCCUCAACCUCACCUUUCCGACCACGCCCAGCCCAAAUACCACCUCACCGUACCUCCCUAAGAUCGACAUCAAGUUGGACAUCCAGCAGACCUUUUGGGUUUUGCUCGCGAUCAUCACUAUAGGCGAGUUCCUGGGCGGCCCGGCGCGGAGUCUGGCGGACGCUGCUACCCUGCAAGCACUUGGCAAAGACAAAAACAAAUUCGGGUACAUACGACUCUGGGGGAAUAUCGGGCAGAUGAUCUUAACAAUCAUCAUCUAUCUUGAGCUUCGGUACGAGAAGGUUCUAAUCCGCGGCUUAUCUCAAGGAAACUACGAAUUUGCAGUUUACGUGAUCGCCGCGUGGAUGGCGUUCUCUUUCCCUACAGCGCUUGGCUUCGCGUGCGACGAUCGACUUAAGGGAGGUCCUCAAGAAACAGAGACUUCAGUUAAUGUCGAUGGCAAGAGCACAGAGCUCUCGGAUAUCCUUGUUAGCUUUGAAGCUCUGACUAUACUCAUCAUAACGUUCUGUAUUGGUGUACUCAACGGCACGUUUAAUACAUUUAUGUUCUGGUUUGUUAUGGAUAUCGCCGGGAGCAGCGCUAAUUUAAUCAUCACUGUCGCACUCGCGCUACGUAUCGCUCACAUCAUCGUAGCAUUCCGGGUGUCCGGACCCCUGAUCCGCGUUUUCGGAGUGACUAACGUGAUCCACUUCAGUCUCGCGAUCUACUGCGGGAUUUAUGUGUUGUACGGGUUAAUGCGUAACCCCUGGCUCGCCAUUAUACCGGAAGCGAUGCAGAACGUCAUAAAGGCGCUGACGGAAGUCGCAGUGAUUCUGUUCUUCAGUGAUAUCACCCCGCCCCGAUGGGCAGCCACUGUGCAAGGCAUCGUCCAAAGUCUACUGGAAGGCUUCGGGUUUGGUAUUGGGCCAAUCAUCGGUGGAUUCCUCGUGGCCGAUUACGGAAUCCGCGCGACUUUCCUCAUCUUCGGCGCGCUAGCAGCCGGCGUCGCCAUCUUCUCAGUCACUGCACAUGUUAUUCACUGGCUCAUGCACAGGGGUGAGGAACAAGAAGACGACUGCGUCAAAAAGCCAGGCUACAAACCGCUACAAUAUAUAGGCCAGUGGUUCAACGGGGAGUGACAGGGACUACAUUUUCAUAAAUUAUCCAUUUGAGUGAAGCGAGUUAUUUAAAACAUGUGGAAAUAUUUGAGAGCGCCGGUUAAUUCUGUCAACCUUUUGCAUGACUGACACGGUUUCCAUUGUUUUCUGUGGGGCUUUAUUUCACGUACAAACCUCAUUAAUAGGCAAGAAGCUAAGCUAAGAGCCCGGGGAGGGUUUUGAUAUUCAGCAGGGAAGAGCGGGGCUGAUGGAUUGCUCAUUAUAAAUGCCAAGGAUUUAUACAGAUGCAUCCCCGGGAAGGUUCGAGGGUUCCAACUACCGAGUGUUCCAGUAACCGAGGAUUCCCGACAGACUUUUAGAAUAUCGCUUGUAUCUUAAAAUUAACACUGAAGGUCGGCCAGAGGCCUCAGGUUGUAUUCCAUUUAUUUCUGUUUUCAUGAAAAGAUCGAGGCGUAGCUUCUAAGAAGAGAAGAGCUGUAAAGCAAGUAACACAGUAAGCUUUUUUUAAAAGAUUUUGUUAUUUUAAAUAAACAAACCAUAUGUUUGUA